UUGCAAGCUGUGCAGUCAAGGUGGUUAGAAGACCUUCUUCUGUGUAUUUCCCUCCACAAGAGGAAGGCAGAACCCCUCAGAGGCUCCUACAAAGGAGCUUUCUUAGCUUGUACCUGCUUUGCCUUGGUCCUGUGAGCACACUCAGGUCGAGAGCCCAGCCUGGGGACCUUUGUCACUGCCUUUGGUGACAGCUGAGGCUUACAGGGAUGGAGAAGGGGCAACUGAGCUUCCAUGAGUUUGGCAUGCUGCCUGGCUUGGGCAUUAGGCUCUGACUUUCCUGCUGCCCCUGCCUGCAAGAAGUCCUCUGCUCAGGGGGAUGCGAGCUGCUGCUGGGUGAUGGUCAGGCCUCAGAGAAGAAAAUUUCUUCUGCAUCCAGAUGCUCUUGGUUCUGUACUGUUGUCCCCUGUGAUGCUGGGGACUGCCACCUGCAGGACAUGUAGCCUGGAAGAACUGAAGGUGAAGCCAUCGUUGGGGUGGCAUGCAGCCAGCCCACCCCAGAAGGACUCACAGGCUUUGGAAUGCCAGGAGCACCCCACCCAUCUUCCAGCUCCUGCCGUGGACGAGUUUGCAGCCUCACAGGUACCUGGGGGCACUUGCCAAAGUGCUGGGGAGGUUGGUGGGCUGGGCCGGACUGGACUGUGUGGUGGGCACAUCUGCUGCCUGUCUGCUUCAUGAGCAUCAUCUCUUUAUUGUGGGAGCACCUUUGGCCAGCUCCAUUAGGUGAUACCACCUGGUCUUCAAGGUGGUUUGUGGAUUUGUACACGCUGGGGAUGUGGCAUUUCGAAGGGCUCAUGAAGCAGCCUGGAGGUUGGUUGUGACUUCUCUCUAGAGAAAGGAGGCUUCAUGUGCCCAUUUGGUCCUUUGGGAAUCCAACAUGUGGAGAGAGGUGAUAGGGUGGGAUGGUGAACCCCAGGCUCUAAAAACAAGCUAGUAGGUUAAAAUCUGCUGAUAUAUUUAAUAUUUAAAUCUCAGAAGGUUUGGAGAGCUGGUACUCAGGGGUGUUAAAAGAAUCAGCUGAAUCUCUGGUGAUUUGAGUAUCUGAUGAUUUUAAAGGAAUAGGGGAAAAAGCAAAUAUUCUACCAAUAUUUAGAAAGAAUUGGGUGGGGUAACUAGAGACCAGAAGGUCAGGUGGGCUUUAUUUUUUUCCAUUAAAAAAGAAAAAAAAAAUAUCAUCAGAAUCGAGUUUAAAAUGAACUGAGAAAUUUGAUGGAGAAGUGUGAGCAUGUGAUUACGACAGAGUUCUGUGAGAGGUUUUUGCUCAGCCUGCAUGACCUGAUUUAAGAAGGUAUCUGCAAUGUGCAGAACCAAAAGCCUCCCCUGGGCUGCAUCAGGAAAGAUCUCUUUCCCACAGGAGUUUGAAAUGAGACCUUUGCUCAGGUGUUUUUGGUAAAAGUGCAAAGUUUUCUAUGAGAUAAAUUGUGCAGCAUUGUAUAUAUAAAAAUAAAUAUAAUUAUUUAGAGAUAUAUGGAAAUAUAAAAUGUGUUCAUAAAAUGUUUAUUUAACAUGUCUUUUAAGACAAACUAGCUGAUACUGUUCCCUGGCAUUGUCUUUUCAAUUGGGAAAUUAGAAAACAGACAAACAGAGGUUUGUUUUUCUGCGUAUCAAAUUUUAGACCAUUCCUACCCCUACUUGGCACCUGCUUUUCUAAAACAAAAUAAGGUAGUGUUGUAACAUUUCUCAAAUUUGAUGGAGACAUGCUGGAAGAAUUAGAUCUUUUACAGUUUCUGUGCUCUGCUCUCCUAUUUCUCCCUUUUUCUUCCUAAGGAGUUUGCUAUAGACAGCACCACGCACACUGAUGGGCAUGGAGGAACAGCCACUCUCAGUGCUGCAGCACAGGCACUGGAGCAUCCUUGCAGCUGCAGGUCACUGACAUCCAAUGGUCCAUUGAAUGAGUCCCAGGCACUGAGAACAACAUGACCACUAGCAAACUUUCUCCUUGAGCCAGGUCCUGGUUGUAUGGGCAAUCAUACCAUCACCAAGUAAGAAAUCUGACUGGUUUCUCCUCUUCCUCUCCACUUGUUUCCACAGCCUCAAGACCUUCUCUGCAGCCAGAGAGACCUAGGGAGGACUGCAGCCCUCCUGGCUUUGUCACCAUGGGUGCUGGUCUUGACCACAGCAUUAAUUUGUCUGGUGCUGUGUAUCUGUGAGGUCUGUGGAGCAAAAGCCAUUAUCUCUGCAGCAGGAGGUGCCCUGCAGCAGGUGUCCUAUGCUCUCCAAGGAAGCUGGCACAUCCAUAAUUCAUGCCCAUCUUCAUAACAGCUGCUGCUUGUCCUCCCCUGGGCCUUAUGGCAGUGAUUUGCAACACACCUAGCCUGGGAAGCCUGGCUGGAGCAAAACCUCCCAUGUGAGCUGCAGCAGAGGAGAAGCCACUGUCUGGCAUCCUGGCAUCUGCAUCCUGCCCUGAGCUGUGGUGGCAGAAAGGGGGGUCAGGCACACAUGUCGUUGUGUUCCUGUUCAUGCACCCAGGAUGAGCACUGUCUUGUGGGAUCCAUUCACCUGUGAAGAGCUGGAUUUAACCCAAGAAAGGUGUGAGAAAAUAGUAUGGAGGGAUUUGGGGGCACUUGUGUAGCUGUGGGCUUGUCUUUAUCUGGGGGAAGGGCAGGAAUUGCUGCGGUGCCUCCUCACAGCAGGGCAGGACAUGUUUGGGUGGCCGUGUUCCAGCUGUGCUGGGGAAGUGACAGUCCUACACCCGCCAUUCUGCUUUGCCUGCACCCUCCUAGUCCUGCAUGCCCCGGACCUGCUAUCGACUCUGCCAUGUGGUUGUGGGCAGCCAAAAAUACAUAACUUACAUGUGGACCCAAGGGAACUUACUGUUAGUCAAGUUUUUGUUUGAACAGCCCAAGCAAAGACUUAAAUUUAAGCCCUGUUUAUAGUCCAGUCAAGCCCUCUCAAGGAGCAGCCCCUGGUGUCCCCUCACCUGUGGCAGAGGAUGCGGCUGACCCAGAGCCAUGGUGAGAGCAUCGGGGCUCUGUUCAUGCCCUGCUGGGUUAUAACUGGAGGGAGCAGAUUUAGCACUUUUAACGGCAUGCACACAGGGGAGAAGGAGAGCAAAGGAGAUUUAUUUUUUUAAUUCUGCAUCUUUCUCCUUUACCUACAUGGCCAUCAUUUUCCCAAGCUGCAGGAAACUCUGGGCAGGGGUCUGCAAGUCACAGCCUGUGGCAAAAGGAGGCUCCUGCUUCAAGCCAGCUGGGAGAGGUAAUGUCUGAUGCUGCCAGCAUCCACGAGGCUGAAAGCACCGGUCCCCAGACAGCAGCACAGAGGCUGGGAGCAGGUGUCUCCCAGGGCCCCAAGGCAGCAAGGAGAGCAAGGUAAAUAUUUCCAUAAAAGCUCAGCCUGGUGUUUGCCCACACCACUUAUUGUGCACCAUCCAUUAUACAUGGGGGCUGGAGCCGUGGGCAGUAGAGCAGAACACGUUGUGAUGGUUUGUGCAUUAAAUACAGAUGAAGGAGGACGCGGAAGGUGCUGUUCGUUCACGCCUGGUCCGUGUCCUCUUCACUGGCUACAGCUCAGUGCCAGAGCCAUGCUGACCUCCUGAGGUGGAUGAGACAUCCCAGGCCGGGCUGGAUGGGGCUCUGAGCAACCUGAUCUGGGUGAAGAUGUCAUUGCAGGGUGCUUGGCCUAAAUGAGUUUUGAUGGUCUCUUCCAACAAAAACUAUUCUAUGAUUCUAUGCUGAACUCCAACGUGCAUCUGCUGGUGCUGGAGUCACCCGUGCCUGGUUACUUUAAUGCCAUUUGCUGGCUAUAACCAUGUAUUGCUGUCCUCACCCCUUCUCCUAAAGUGUGAGAAGCCUGUUGUUCUGCAACUCCAAGUAGUUUCUGCCUUUGCUAACAGAUGUACUGUUGUUGUUAUGUUGCUGAUAUGUCUCCCAGAUGUCUUUCCACUGAACAGAGGUGUUCUAGGGCUAUUUGGUGUCAUGGUGUCCCAUGUCAGCUUUGAAUUCCACACCCGCUCCCAAAUUUCAUUAAUUCUUCUCUUUCAGCUGUCAGCAGUGGUUGCUAAACCCUCAAACACAUCUGAGAGGAUUUCCAAACUGAGCAGGUGGACCAAGUGUCACAUCUCCCUUGCACAGUCCUCUGCGUUGGUGCUGGGCUCCAGCCCUGGCUGUUCCAGCCAUCUCUAGUGGUUUUAACUCUCCAGUGGAGGAAAUGGCUCCUGCAAGCUUGUCCAAGAACAUCUUGCACCUCUGAGCUUGCUGCUUUUUCAAAGGACGGUUCCUGCCAGAAAAACCCUUGGCUUGGAACGUGAAAGAGCAUUAAUGUUUAAAAAAAUCUCAGCCCAAGCUGACAGUGGCCUGACCACACAAGAGAAAGGGACCUGCUGCUCUUGAGGGAGAAAAAGAAAUCCAUUUGCACAUUGGCCUUCUGCAGAAUCAACAGCUGGCAUUACUUUGCAAAAAGCAGAACCCAGCAGACAAGGAUCUGGCAAACAAACAGUACAAUGUCUGCACACAAAGGGGAGAAGCUCAGAGACGUGUUGAGCUCUACAUCAACCCUAGGGACAGAAGUGAUGCCAAACCUGUUGUCCUUGCUGCUGAUCAGGCCAGCAUGCUGCAUAGUGUCUUCAGAAGGUCCUUGCUUUUGCUCAGAUACUGUUGUCUUCCUGUGGGGUCAAUGGGUAGAGUUACUUGAGCUAAUUAGUGGAGCAUAACAGACAUGCUGAGCUGGACUCCUCUGAGGCCCUCUCUAAGUUAGUGAUCCCAUGUGGUUCAGUUCAUCCCCAGAUGGAAUUCAGCUGCAUUUUGCCAGGCCAACUUCACCUCUGUAUAGAAGCCUCUGCAGACACAGGCUUCUCUUCUGCCUCUGGAGAAGGAGGGAGGCUUCAUGAGUUUGAUCCUAGGGUUUGCAGAUUUGCUCCUGCCCUGUAAGUAUUUGCCUGCAGUUAAUUCUGGAGUUGUUUUCCCAAGGUGUCCAUGUGCCUGACAGCAGCUGACCUGGGGAUGUUUUUCCCAAUGCGGUCAGGAAGGAAACAGUCCUGGGAGUGUGGUGGUGCAAAGGGACUGGGCAGCCUCUGGCAGGAAGACAGUUCCUGCAGCGAAGGAGGCUCUGAAGAAAGGUGGAAGAGAAGACAGGCAAGACUGUGGCAAGCUGGAAGAGGAACAGGCCAAGCAUUCUACUCGCUGGCUGUGGAGGUAAUCUCGUAGUUAGUUUAGACUCCAGCUGGGAAGCAGCUCUUAUCCCAGUUUUUGCAAUAUCCUGCCAAGCCCUUGCUCCAAAUCUGCUCUCACUGGCCCUCAGCGAGGCAGACCACGUGGUGAGAAGCUGCCAGCAUCAAUGGAGGUGAAAGACCUGUGCACUGUUCCAUGCUGCUGGGUGCGAAUUUUGUGCCUUGCUGCCCAUCUCAGAGCGCCUGGGAAGAGGCUGUGGGACCGUGGUUUUGUUUUGGUUUUCCAUGAUACUCAGAUUCAAAGACAGAAAUGGAGCAGUAAGAUCCAUGCUUCCUGAUGCUGAGGAGUUCCUCACUCCCCAAAACCAUCUUGCACAAACAUGGGAGAUCCUUCUCAUGGGAAAUGCUCCUUACCAGAAUGAACAGCAAAAAUAGACAGCAUUUUAGGCUUUCUUGUGCUGAUAAUACGUGUGGUGGAGCUGGUUCACUUUCUGAAUCUAUGUGAACACAAGCAAAAUCCAACCUCCUUGUCUCUGUGUUUCACUGAGUUCCUUUGCACACAAGCUGUUCAGAGGGGUCUAGCAUCACUGCAGACUGGGUGGCAUUUGGGCACCUUCUGCUUGCUUUUGGUCUGUGCCCUGGAAAUACAUGAGAAGGUUGAGAAGAAGCUGAAAUCUGAGCUCCUCCCUGCUCAUCAGCAGUGGUGGCUGCUCCUUCAGCACUGUAGGUCUGUAGUAAAUUACAAGCUACUGGUGGGACUUCACAGUCAUGGAUCAUAUCUCCUGGGCACACUGGCUACUUGCUCGAAGCAUGUUUUGGGGGGCAGUUGACCCCACUGAUUUCCUCAGUGAUGCUCCUCAAGCAGCAAGACCAGAUCCCACAGGACUUGAAUCCUUGUCCAGUUUCAACUGUAUCUAGCUUUGAUUUGGUGGGUUCUCAGAGCUGAAGCACUCUUUGGACUUCGGUUUGCUUCUCUGUUUUCAGGAUGAAAAAGUAAAACUCAUGUGUUUGGGAGUGUUAGAGAGGAGGGAAACUUGGUUUAAAGCAAGCUUUGCCUUCCUAGCCAAGUUCUUUAAGCAAGUUAAGUCUCUGUGUCCCUUGAAGUACAUUGUGUGGCUCCAGGGGGCCAUUGUGGAGAUGCAGCACUGUAAAAAUGCAGAUUUCAUGGAAAGCCUUAUGCACUGUGACAAUUUAAAGUAUGCCCGAAGGGUGUUCGCUGAGGCAGAAGCACACUUUAUUUGAAGCACAUUAUGAGUGAGACAGCAGAACAAUUUGUUUGCUGGAGAUGGGCAGUGGAUCAAUUAAGCAGAGCAGAGGGCACAGAGCAAGUCAGUUUGCGAAAGGGCAAAACACAGAGGUGGUGGCUACAUCCUGUCUGGCUUCCAGGGUGUCCCUGUCUUUUCUGCUGAGAUGGGGUUUUGGUGCUGAGCUUCAGGAUUCCAAGCUUGGGGCAUCUGUGCUUGCACGUGGAGAGUUGCAUUUCCCGAGGAAAGGGCUCACGGUUUUGUGGUGAGGUACCAAGCUUUGGGUGCCCUUCCGAGUGCAUUGGGGCAUCCCCUUGUCUCUACUCUUCCUCCUGGUUAUCAUUGUGCUGUGAGUCAGCUGCUACAACCCAGGACCUGCUCUCCAGGUGGUAGUAGCUCAAUUGGGGCAUUGAUUGCAUGUAAAUACUGGGAAACCAAGGAAUGGUGCAAGCAUAUUGUGUUGUCUGGGUUUGGUGGGGUUUUUUGUUGUGUUUUUUGUUUGUUUUGAUUGGUGAAGGGAAGAGGCUGGAUGCAUGGGACAUGGGAUUUUAGUUUAUCUUCUUUUUGAGAAGGUGGGAAUUUCCUUUGCUAAGGUAGAAGGCAAAGUGCUCAGCACUACAAGAUCUUAUUGGAUGACAAAACCAAAUUUUUUAAAAAAGAAAGUUAAAUACCUGAAAUCUUCCAUCAAUUUUUUUUUUCUCCCAUGGCCUAUUUGAAAGUAGCUAGGAAAAAAAAUAUUAAGGUCCUUCAGCCCAGCUGCUUAAAAUUCUUUGGGUGUGCAUGUUUUUGUGCUGACUCUGUGCACAACCUAGAAUGGCCUCACAGCUCUUUGUGUAUGGGCAGCACGAACAUUGCAGCUCAGUCAGGGACAGCUGACCUGAACUGACCAAAAGGAUAUUCCAUCUCAUAUCUUGUCAUGCCCAGCAAUAAAAGCUCAGGGAAAGAAGGAGAAAAGGAGGACAUUUGUGUUUAUGGUGUUUGUCUUUCCAAGCAACCAGUACACUAAGGCCCUGCUUCCCAACUCCUCUUUUUUCUUUGCUUGCACAUGCAGCUUUUGUUCUCCCUGUGAAACUAUCAUUACUUCAGUCCACAAGUCUUCUCAAGUUUCUUCUAUUUUCCUCCUGUCCUGUGAAAGACAGGAAUGAGCAAAAGGCUGGGAAAGUGUCUGGCUGCUAGUAGUGGUCAACCCACCACACUUGGUUUUAUGUAAUAGAAUUAUAUAAUAAUUUUGGUUGGAAGAGACCCUGAAGAUCAUCAAGUCCAACCAUAAUCUACCUCUAGCACUAAACCAUGUCCCUAUGUCUGUCUUGGCAUUGUCUUCCAUGGAGCGGAGUAUGUGACUUAGUCUUCUCAGGAGUGUAGUAUCCAUCACUAAGCCUUUUGUUUUCCACGAGUGAAAUGUGUCCUGUGUGUGCUGAGGAAGUCAUGUCGUUAGGAACCACAGCAUUACCAACGUGAACCAGGCAAAAGCAGGGCUUUCCAACAGUCCUGCUCUGUGUUACUGAGUCUGUGAGCCAGAGAAGCUGCCCCAGCUCUUCUGAGCCACUUGCUCAAGUAUCUGCUUUCUGGGAUUUGAACUGGCAAUCUGACCAAAGGAACCCAGCCAACAAGGGAUCUGCCUGGGCAACACAAGGUUUGCUUUUCCUUUCACCCAGAUGUUAUUCCCCCUUUCCCUAAGGGCAGGGCUUGCUUUGGUGCAAAGAGGGCUAGCUAGGACAGACCCAAAGCAAUAUGCAUGGAAUAGGCUGCUGAAGGUAUCUUUUCCCUUACUUAGCAAUUACACCUGAGGUGUUCUGCUGUCUGGUUAAACGUAGCAUGUUGUGAGGCCUGGUACUGUUGCAUUCCCACUCCAUGAGAGUGCAGCUCCCCUUGCAGAUCACUCCAUUGAUGUGAUAACACAGUCAUCACAUUAUACUUCAUUCUUACGUUUAGUUUGGCUACUCUGAGAUUUCAGUCCCUAAAACUCCUGCUGUCAUCUGCAGUGGCUGAGCAUCCCCAGCCCCAGUGACCGGCUGUGAGCUGGUAGAUGGAGGCGUUUUAACCCUUGGUCUCCUGAUCUGUACCAAGAUCUCUGUGGUCACCACUUUCAAAUUUUUCAACCACCUGUUUAAUGUGUACUCUCAAAACGCCUCUGCUGAGUAAGCCCAAAACUCCUCCAGAAGUAAUAAGAGAGAAAGCUGCUGAUAACCUUCUAGGCUCCUUGGCUUUUCCCACAAGUUUCCCCUCCAUCCUGGUCCUAGAAAUCAGCAAUAUGUGGGUUUCAGCUCAGACCUGAAAUGCAGACAGCACAGCAGCUGUAGCAAUAGCCUUUCCUCUGUGUAAGUAAACUGGUUAUCACUUAACGAGCCACAGCACUUAAUGAAUUGUGACAUCGGCAAGUCUCUUUGUCUAAACUGAGCCCUGGGCAAACAGCUGCCAGAGGCAAUUAGAAACUCUGUUUUUUAUUAAUAACCUUGUCAGCAGGCUGGUUGUUCUGCUUGUUUGGGUUUUGUUGCAGUCUGUCCUGACACAUGGUGACGUUGGUGGCAGUGAUGCCAGACACUGCCCUGUGAGGUGGGGGAGAUGGAAUCCCCACCUGGCCAGACAUGUGGGGACACCAUGCAGAGGCUCCUCUUUGUGCCAUGUAUUGCUCUGGCCUUGCACUUCUCUGCACGGUGCCUGUGGCUCAGUUCUGCCCAAGAACCACAACUAGGGGCAUGGGCUGUCCAACAGCCAUGAACCACCUCAUUGGUAGCUCCCCCCUGUUCUGAGACCCUCUUAGGGAGCGUGGUGAGGUGAUGCUGUGGGACCAGCAUGAGAUGCAGUCUCUGCCUGCCAACAGCAGAGCCGUACUCCAGCAGAGACGGGAGAGAAAGCCGCAUGAGGUGCAAAAUGUAGAGGAGGCUGUGGGGGGAGAGAUGCGGCCCAUCAGUAAAAUGCACACAGAAAAUAGCCUAAUGAAACAGGUUGUUUCGUUGCAAAACACCUUGCUGGAAAAAGAAAGGCAGAUGUACCCAGAGCAGAGGCAAAUGCACUUGACCUUCUGAUAAUUUUAUAUCAGGCUAUGUGCAACUCUAACUUCUAUCAAACACCUCUUUAUUUUCUCUCCUUCCCUGGUCUAACCUCUGGGGAAAGGGCACAUCUAAAAGCCCCACAGUUCUCUCAGAGAAUUAAAUCCGUGUUGCUUCCUUGCUAACCUUCUUUACUUGCCUUUAGGCAGCACAGGGAUAAGUUAAACUCAGCAGCUCUCUGGAUUUGAUGACAAAGCAGGAGCCCUUGAGGCCAGACAGCAGCAGGAUGGCGUGGAGACCCCCAUUCAUACCCAGGGUGGUCUGGCUGAGUGAUAAGAGUGAGGACGAGGAGGAGAAGGGCGCUGAGGCUGCCCCAACAUCGCAGCAUGAGGAGGUGCAGGAGCACCAGCUGCUGCAGGCAGAUCCCAACUGGGAGCUGCCAGAAGCGGAGCAGAAGCAAGCAUACACCCAUGUCCUGCACAACCCCAGAGCAAAGGUGUAUUGGGAAUCCUUCGAGCCUAAAGACCGUGAAGGCUCCACCGUCGUGGUCGCGGAGGCCAUGACAAAAGCACUCACCUACGACGCGGAGGCUGGUGCUGCUCUGCUGGAUAUGCUUGUGGAAAGCGAGAUCUCCACUUUGAAGCAGGUGCCCAGGAUUGUGCGGUGCAUCCACCGGUGGUUCAUGACCAACACGGAGGAGUCAGUUGAGCACAGCCUGGACAACACCCUUGUGGAGCUCACCGACGCGCACCCCCAUGAUGUGGUGGUGGCCCUGCUGCGCUGUGCCCCGUCGUGCGACCGAGCCGCUGCAGCCAUGUGGAGGAUGAUGGUCACCACCAGCAUGACCACAAAGAAGGUGUUCCGGGAGCUGCUCUGCGUGCUGGAGGACUGGCCGCUGCACAGCACGUCCACCUGUGACGGGGACCAACAGGACGUCCUUGCCCUGGCUGCAACCAGGGCUCUGUGGGAGAUCCUCCGGAUGCCCAGGUGCCCAAGAGGGCUGAAGGUGCAUUUCCCUCGCCUCCUCCUGGCUCUGCUCUUCCAAGUUGUGUACAGCACAGAGCAGAUGCCAGACGAGGUGGAUACUUUCUGGAGGGAAUGCCAGGAGGAAGGCGGCCUUCCCACCAGCCCCAGCAGGUUUAUAGUGCUGACUGUGAAAGCACUGCUCUGCCGUCUGGGCUAUAGGCUUGUAGCCUCUGAAGUGGAACGUAAGCGUGGCUGGGACACGCUCCUCCACGCUGAGACCCACCACUGCGCAAUGGGGCUGCUGGCCAGAGAGACCCAUGGUGUCUCAAGACACUUCAGUGCCUCUGUGGCGUCCUACCUGGUCGAGCUGCUCAGCAAGAAAGAGCCCCGCUGUGAGCUCCCUGCCAUGGCGUUCCUUGUGGAGAUCCUGGGCUCCCCUGGCCCAAACGUAAGGGCUGAGAGCUUCCUGCAGCUUGUCCCAAGAUACCUGCAGAGCAACUGCAGCAUAAUGCGUUCCCUGGUGCUCAAAGGCCUCACCGUGAUCUGCGACACACCGUGGAUGGUCCCAAAAAUGCGGUUCCUGGUGCAAAGACUCACGGAUCUACUGCAAGACACAGACAUGGAUAUGGUCAGGAUGACCCUGUCUGUGCUCAGCAAAGUGAUCCAGGGCCCAGGCUUCCGAUUUUCCACCCCCAUCGCACUGCAGCUGGCUCAGAGGCUCCAGCCACUCUUUGACAACGAGUCCUGGUAUGUGCGACAUCUCUCCGUCAGCAUCUUUAAAGAGGUGAUAGAGCGUGUACCAGAUGAUGGAAAAAAGCCGCUGAAGACGCUUGUGCACCAGAGCCUGCUCCCCCUGAUCUUCCACGUGUUUGAUGAGAACAAGGCCGUGGCAGCGACCUGUUGGGGUACCCUUCUGCGAGCUACCCCGUUGCUGAAGAAGGAGAAGCUCAGGCAGGCGGUGGCAAAGGAUCAGCGGAUAGAGGCGAUCGGCGAGUGCCUGCUGGUAGAGUGCCGCAGCAGAGCAGCAGAGUACCUGCGUCAGACCCUGACGUACAUGCAGAGCCCACAGGACUCCAUACGAGAGGCAGCCGUCGCGUUCCUUGGGGUCCUUGGGCAGCACAUGAGGGCUCAGCCGGAGAAGUUCCGGCUCAUCUACCACACCGUUCAAGGCGCAAUAAACGACAAGGGCCCCUACGUCCAACGCCAGGCAUUUCGCACUCUGCCCCUGCUCAGAGCUGCAGCGGCAAGUGGCUCCUCCAGAUCCAGGCUGCAGCAACUGCAGAGCCAACUCCGCCAGGCGUGGAGGAGGCGGCGGCCUUCUCUCUGGGGCAAUGGCUGGCUGUGCUGCUGCGGCUCCGCACAGGACUGAUCCCAGCACCGCCAUGUGCUCUUCCUUGAUUAAACAGUUUAUUGAGUGUCUGAACCUGCAGAUCUCGAGUUACUGCUCUUCUGCCCUUCUGUCUCCAACCAGUGGGUCUUGCUUUGGUCCCCAGUGUCCCCAGGGCAUGGGAGAAGAAGAGAAAAAGGGUUCUUGUGCUCAGCAACAGUCACCCAGGCAUGCAGUGUGGCAGCAAAAGUGACCAAAACCACUUUGCCCUUUGGCUCAUCUGCUGAAGCCUCUAAUGCUUCCGACAAAGCCCUUGCGCAGAGCCCAGAGUUGUGGGGAUCCCUGAAGAACUUGUCCUGGGAGAUGUCCACAAAUACUCUUCCAGCCGUGACCUGCCAUUUGCUUCUUGCUGACGGGAUAGUUGAGGGGUCCGAGUUGCCUCUUUAACUGGCUCCGGUUUCCUGUUUCCAGGCAAAAUGCUGCCAUUUUUGUCAAAAUCAGUGAUUACAAUUUAUUUUGUUUUUCAGAGGGAGCUGUUACGGCAUUCUCUCCAGAAUUUGAAAUUUAGUUUUGAUCUCCUCUACCUCCUAUGCUCUACACAUUAUGUUUUGUCAAUCUACAGGUUUUUAUCCUUUGUUUCUGCACAAGUGUUUCUCCCAGCUCUAGGAAAUGUCCCAAUGCUCUUCCUGUGUUUUCCUUGUACUGUUUCCUAGCGUCUUUUUUUGAAGAGAUGUGUUUGAAAAGCUUCAGCAUGAGAAUCACAAAAGCACAAUGUAAGUGAAAACAUGAGUUCAGAGGGAAGCGGGAGGGCAGUCCCUGGGCCCAAGGGGCAGCAGAAUGGCACAGGGAGCCAUCGCCAGGAAAGGGGCCCUCAGACCCUCGACCUCCUCCUUCUCCCACAUUAGGGCGCGUUUCAGGUCACAGGCCCCUCAACUCCCAAGACAGCCAUCUUCGGCCACAUCACCAUCCAAGUGAAGUCACAAACCACCUCGGUGCAUUCUGUUCCGAGCCCUGUCAGUACAGGGACAGCUGACCCAGAAAUCCCUGAGCUCUCAUCACGGCAGCGAUGGCUGGUGCCAAGGGUUCUCACCGCAGCAAAGCGAAUGGCUGCUCCCAUUUGAGCCGGCCAAAACUAGAGGUAAGGGCUGACAGUAUCCUGCAGCUCGUUCCAAGAUACCUGCAGAGCACCUGCAGCAUAACGCGUUCCCUGCUGCUCAAAGGCCUCACCGUGCUCUGCGACACACCGUGGAUGGUGAGCAGGAGGCAGCGGCUGAAGCCGUGCUGGUGCCGUGGGGCUGGGCAGGGGUGCUGGCUAGCGCAGCGGCUUGGCCUUGGCUGGGCUGCGGGAGCUGUGGUAGCUGCUCCCAGCUCCCCUGCCUCCCUGUUCACCUGCCCGAGUCCUUCGGGGCAGGCCGUUGGCGUCUGGGCCCUGAGGCAGCAGCGUGGGCUCCAGCUGCCACAACUGCUCCAACUGCCACAACUGCUCCAACUGUUCCACGCAGUUCCCAAAAAUGCAGUUCCUGGUGCAAAGACUCAUGGAUGUACUGCAAGACGCAGACAUGGACGUGGUCAGGACGACCCUGUCUGUGCUCAGGAAGGUGAUCUGUGACCCAAGCUUCCCAGUUUCCACCCCCAUCGCUCUGCAUGCAGCUGGCUGAGAGGCUCCAGCCACUCUUUGGCAAUGUAAGGCUUCGUGCAGCUGCUGUCGCAAUUGUAAAUCACAAAGGUCCAGAGGAAGAGAACACUUCUGCUGUUGGAGGUACAGCCCCGCUCCACGGCAGUGGGCAGGCGCAUUACCCGGGCAGGAUGGAGCAGGCAUCGUGGGGAUGGCAUGGGGUGGGGAGCCCGCUCUAGGGCACUGAGGGGGGCAGGGAGCUUGGCCCACCCUCUCCACCCAGCCCUGCAAGGCCAAGGCCUGGAAGAAGCCCUUCCGGGCUGCUGGUCCCCUGCUGAAAACAAGCAUUCCUGCCUGGGUGGACACAUGCCCAGCAGAGCCUGUGGUGCCCUGGGCUUGUGCUGGAGGGAUGCUCGCCAGGAGCAGCUGCUGCUGCCUGAGCUGGUACCUCCUCUGCCCCUUUCCAGGCUCAGGGCUGCCCAGCCUUUAGAGCCCAUCAGUCUGCACAGCCCAUCCCGUGCGGGCUGGCAGACAAAUAGAGAUUUUCAGGACUGGCAAAGGCUGGGAGAGCUGGGUGCACAGGAGCAGCCACCUCCAAGUGCGCCGGCGUCCCCUACCAUGGGGCUGUCAGUACAGGGACAUUUGGCCCAGAAAUAACUGAGCUCUGAGGUUCAAUCACAGCAGUGAUGGCUGGUGCCAAGUGUUCUCACUGCAGCAAAGCGGAUGGCUGCUCACAUUUGAGCUGGAGAAGAGAGAUGUGGCUCCAGGGACCGUGGGGGAAGAGGAGGCCGUGUCAGAGUGGAGGCACCAUCAGCCGCAUGGGAUUGAUGGCCAGCCCUCAUGCAGCUGAUGAUGUGGAGCCGAUGGAAGCAGAUCCACCCCAAGACCAAGAAUAGCCCCAACAUGGCUCUCCUGGAACCACUACACCGUGCCAGGGCUCCCCUUCAAGAGGUCCCCGCAGCCUUGAACUGUAGUUCCUUCAAUCUAAGGAAAAGGGUGGUGGAAGGUGGAGCCCGACUCUCCACAGCAGCACAAAAAGAAGAGCAAUGGAUCAAGAAAAGAAGGCAGAGAGAUGGCUGAUUUUGUGAAGAAGCAAUAGCAUAAGAAUUGUGCCCUCUCAACAACCUUGUGUGCCAGAAAUACUGAUUUCCUCCAGAUCUGUUAACCCGAACGCACUUCUAGGCAAAGAUGCUGCAACGGGCAAGCCUCUUGCUACACAAGUUGAAAGAAGAGUAUAGAUAGAUUAAGAAUAUUCUAAAUGUUUGAAAUUAACCUCAACACACUCCUAGACAAAUAUGCUGCCGUUGGCAAGCCUCUUACUACACAAGUCAAAAGAAGGAUAGACUAGGAAUAUUAUAAACGUUUGAAAUAAAAUCUUUAAAACUACAAAAAGCAGCAUUCAUUAUUACAGACUAGAGUUCUUCAACUGAAAGAUUUUUAAAAUAAGCAAGAUGAAAAAAAAAAAAAAACUACUAUCAUAUUCACAUCUCCAGACACUGUCAAGAAACUAAAGAACACCAUCUCUCUUCUUUUACCUUUGGUGGAAGCUUUCCUUCCAUUAUAAACAAUGUAUCUCCUCUGCAAACAUUAAGUUCCACUUGGACUGGAAUUAGUUCCUAAGCGUUGGUGUCUCUGCACUGUCCAUCUGUCCACCUUCAUUAUCUUCAGUGGUUUCUCUGCAGUGAUUGACAACAUGAGACAAGCGAAGCUGCUCCUGCACACCGAGCUCUGAGGAAGGGGCAGCACCAUCCACACAGGGGACAGAGAACAGCCCCGGGGUGCUGAGAGCCCCAGCACAAGAGCUCAGAGACCCCACGGGACAACUGGUACCCAGGAUGAGGCACCACCCACUCAUUUUUAAAUAGCAGUUUAUCUUCAUGAUGCUAUGAUUAUCAUUAACAGAGAAUAAUUUUCUUUGCUAGUGCUUACAAACUCUUCUGUUCCAAUUAGCAUAAUUCUGGAACCGAUACUGUGCCCAGCUACCCUCUACUUAUUGGUCAUUUUUCUGCCACACAAUUUGUCAUUUUUUUCCCCCUCUUUUUUUAAGCCAUAAGUAUUUCAGUUUGAUAGCCCUUUAGUAUAGUAAGAAACAAAAGCAUGCAACAACAGUCCACAUUAAGAUAGGUUUUGUAUUUCUGUUGCUUUGUGAAUUGCCGUGCUCACUUAUUUAAGUUUCAGAGAACUGUUUUAUUAUUCCUUCUUAAAACUUUUGCUGCAUAAUUCAAACAACAAAAAUAAAGGAUCAGCCCAUUUCCUUUCCAGA